CUGGAUGUAGUUCAUCUUCGUCAGAGAUGGCAAGUGUAAGAACGGCUUGACUUGGUUCUAAAUCCUUCGUUGGGAUAUCGCAAAGAGCUGGUAUGGCAGGCUGGUGGCGUCUCACUGGCACUAACAGCAGCCCCACUUGCCCAGCAUACUGUAAUCGGAGUCACUGGAUCAGAUCUCAGAGCCCACCUCACACGGCACGUGACUAGCUACAGCCAAAUUUUGCUCAGCCCAAGGCGCGGCAAAACUCCUGUCAGGUUGUCCAUAUACAUAUCAUAGAGUGCUGUAUAUCACGGUAUUUUGGCGCAAACCAUAUGGAUUCUGCUCCUCGUUCGAAAAAACCGCGCACCAAGUCUUCGUCGCGUAAAAGCGAAACGAAAAGUACAGCGACGCACCUCAACGAAGUACUCUUAGACAGCGAUGAAACAGUCGUGACCGCGCCAAAAAAUGCCCGCUAUGCCGAGUCGUCUUCGCUUGCCAUACACUCUGGUGUGGAGCUAGGUCAGGAUGAGGUCAUGGACGACGUCCCCGCAUCACGGGAAGCAGACGGCACACUUGACGCUGACCUAGCUGAACUCAGCCUUGGGCAAAGACUUACAGCCAUAGGAGGGGAUAAUGCCAAGACCCGGAAUACAGACAGUGAUGAAGAAGUCUCUUCAAGAGAACAAAAAAGACAGAGCAUGCCAGAUAUCGUCCCUGCACAUUCGUUAACACGGACUCUCAUACAAGCACUACAUUCAUCCGAUUCACGUUUGCUGGAAACCUGUCUAAACCAUUCAGACACGUCCCUAAUACGCAACACGGUCAGGCGACUACCACCUCAAUUAUGUCUACCGUUACUUCUUACGUGCGUGGAAAAAUUAGCAAGAGGUGCAAGGGCUGCAAAUAUGAAAGGAGGUGGGGGUGGAGCUAGUUCUCAAAGGGCCAUGGUGUUGAUAACGUGGAUCAAAACAACGCUUACUGUGCAUAGCAGUCACCUUAUAGCUAUGCCCGAUCUAGUGGCAAGGCUGGCAGGUCUUCACGCGACGCUAACAUCACGGCUCGCCUUACAAAACAGCUUGUUGUCGUUGAACGGCAAGUUGGACAUGGUACUCUCUCAGAUAGAAAUGCGUUCGUCAUCAGCACCCGCUCCUUUGAAGUUGAAGAAAGAUGGCAACUCUCGUCCGGAUAGUGAGCGCCAGCCCACCCGUUACGUUGAGGGCGACAGCGAAAACGAAGAUGUAGAUGCGGAGGAGAUGGUUGCAGAACCACUAGUAGAGAGUGAUGGCGAGGAGGGAAGUAUAGAGGACAUCGAAUUGGGCGGCGAGGAAGAAGACGGGGAAGAAGACGGGGAAUAUUCAGAGGGUGGAGAGGACUCCGAUUCCGGAAGCAGCGCCCCAGUUUUAAAUGGAUUUAUCGACGACGAAGCAGAGGAAUUCGAUGACGAUGAAGAUGAGGACGAUGAGAGUGAGUAGACCACAACUGCGUGAUUUCCGCAGACUUCAUCGCAGGGAUUCGGGGAUUACUUGUCACUAAUGUCAAAAUCGGGUCCAUGGAAAGCGGAUGUGUUUAUUGA